AUGCCGUGCGGCUCCCUGCGCUGCCGCCCUCCCGCCAGCAGGGGGCGCCGCCCCGCCCCGCGCAGCGCGCCGCUCUCCGCCCGGAAGUCUGGCCCCGACCGGAAGUCGCGCGUCGGCGCGUCUUGGAAAGUAGUGACGUCUACGAGAGCUGCUGCCCCGUUCUCGAGCGGUUUCCGGGGGCACAUGGCCCGCGGAAAGCGCCGAGCCGGGCGCGGGCCGCGCCGCGGGCCUGGGGGCGGCGGGGAGGGGGCCCUGAAGCGGCUAAAGCUAGCAGUGGAGGAGUUCGUGCAGGCGACCUCGGAGGGCGAGACCCCCGGCGGCCGCGAGGAGUCCCGGGCUCAGGGACGCGUGCGCCCGGGCGGGAGGAAAAGCCGCAGGGAGCUGAGGAAGGAGAAGCGGCACCUGAGGAAGGCGCGCCGGCUCCAGAGGACGGCCGGCCCCGCGCAGGGCCCGGGCCCGGGCGGUGGCGGAGCCGGGGGAGCGAGCGGCCCCCGGGCGGAGGCGACGCAGGAGGAGGACGGCCAGCCGUCCCCACGGCGGGCCUCGCGGCCGUCCGAGGGGCUGCGGCCUCCCCCGGUUCCGGCCAAGGCCGGCCAGGCCCAGGCCAGGGAUCCCCUCGGCAGGACCAAGGCCCCCGCAGCCGCCGCCGCUGCCCGGAAACGGGCACUUCUGGCGGCCAACGAGGAGGAGGACCGAGAGAUCCGAAAGCUGGAGCGGUGCCUCGGGUUGAACAAGCGCAGAAAGAAGGGCGACGGAAGCUCCGUGCCUCUUAGCUUUGCCCGCGAUGGGCUCGACUACAUCCUGGGAGCCCUGGACUCUGGGAAAAGUAGUGGUUGGUAUGAAAGCAGCAGUGAGGAGGAGGAGGAGAGUGCGGGACAGACACUCCCCGAAGGUGACACCGAGGACGAACGGGAGGAGCAGGAUGUGGAAGACGAAGGCGAGCGGGAAGCAGACGCGGGAGCGCAGAGCGAGGAGGGGGGCCAGCAGGAUGCAGGAGAGGGACAGCUAGAAGCCGGAGGAGCGGAAGGGAGAGCGAAGGAGGAAGGGAGGAAGAAGAGAGUCCGUUUUGCCGAAGAUGAAGAGAGGAGUGAAAGUUCCGCAGAGGAUGUUGACGCAAACGAUACGAGUCUUUGUGAAAAUGGUGGAAAGUACAUCCCACCCCACGUGAGGCGAGAAGAGGAGACAGUGGAUGCCCAGAAAAAGGAAGAACUAGAGAGGCUCAAGAAACAGGUCAAAGGUCUGAUUAACAGGCUGAGUGAGCCGAACCUGGCCUCCAUCAGUGGCCAGCUGGAGGAGCUGUACAUGGGCCACAGCAGGAAGGACAUGAAUGACACUCUCACGGGCGUCCUCCUGAGCGCCUGCGCCCCGGACGCGGCCAUGCCCGCCAGGCUGGUGAUGGAGCAUGUCCUCCUGGUCAGCAUUCUUCACUGCACAGUUGGCAUCGAGGUCGGUGCGCACUUUUUGGAGGCUGUGGUGAGGAAGUUUGCUGACGUCUAUAAAAGCGGAUGUGACGGGAAAGAGUGUGACAACCUGUUCGCCAUCAUCGCCCAUUUAUAUAACUUCCGCGUGGUGCAGUCUCUCCUCAUCUUUGACAUUUUGAGAAAACUUACUGGAACUUUCACAGAAAAAGAUAUCGAACUGAUCCUGUUAAUGCUGAGAAAUGUGGGCUUCUCCUUGAGAAAAGAUGAUGCUUUGUCACUUAAGGAGCUGAUCACUGAGGCCCAGGCCAAAGCCAGCAGGGCAGGCGGCGAGUUCCGGGACCAGACCAGGGUUCGCUUCAUGCUGGAGACGCUGCUGGCCCUGAAGAACAACGACAUGCGGAAGAUCCCGGGCUACGACCCCGAGCCCCUGGAGAGGCUGCGGAAGCUGCAGAGAGCCCUGCUGCGAGGCGCUGGCUCAGGGACAGAGACUCAGCUCCGCGUCUCCUGGGACAGCGUCCUGAACGCCGAGCGGACUGGGCGCUGGUGGAUCGUGGGGUCCGCGUGGAGUGGCGCCCCGAUGAUCGACAGCAGUCAGCAGAAGACCCCGCGGAAGCAGCUCACGGGGACGGUUAGCUCGAAGAUACUGGAGCUCGCCCGAAAGCAGAGAAUGAACACCGACAUCAGGAGAAACAUAUUUUGUACAGUUAUGACUAGUGAAGACUUUCUGGACGCAUUCGAGAAGCUCCUGAAGCUGGGGCUUAAGGAUCAGCAGGAGAGAGAAAUCGUUCACGUCCUCAUAGACUGCUGUCUGCAAGAGAGAACGUACAACCCUUUCUACGCGUUCCUGGCGGGCAAGUUCUGUGACUACGCAAGGAGCUUUCAGAUGACAUUCCAGUUCAGCAUAUGGGACAAAUUUCGGGACUUAGAAACUCUACCAGCCACUAACUUCUCUAAUUUGGUUCACCUGGUGGCCCACUUGUUGAAGACAAAGUCACUGCCACUUUCCAUUUUAAAGGUCGUUGAAUUCAGUGAAUUGGACAAACCCAGGGUCCACUUUUUACGAAAAGUGUUACAUAUGCUGCUCAUGGAAACGGAAGUUGAAGACCUUGGUUUAAUUUUUGCCAGGGUGUCCGACAGCCCCGCGCUGGGCCUGCUGCGGGAGGGCCUGAAGCUCUUCAUCAGCCACUUCCUGCUGAAGGGCGGGCAGGCCCACGGGGGUGCCGAGGAGGCCAGCACGCUGCGGGAGAGAGCCGAGCUCUGCACCGGGGCCCUGCAGGGGAGGGCAUCCCUGAGGCUGUAGCCGGGCUGGGAGCCAAGGGGUGCUCAUUCACCUGCGAUGUGGGGCCGCAGCACAGUCUGACGUAUUUAAAAUACUCUAUUUUGGGGCUUCCCUGGUGGCGCAGUGGUUGAGAGUCAGCCUGCCGAUGCAGGGGACACGGGUUCGUGCCCCGGUCCGGGAAGAUCCCACAUGCCGCAGAGCGGCUGGGUCCGUGAGCCAUGGCCGCUGAGCCUGCAUGUCCAGAGCCUGUGCUCCGCAACGGGAGAGGCCACAACAGUGAGAGGCCCGCGUACCGCAAAAAGAAAAAAAAAUACUCUAUUUUGGUCCAAGGUUUUACGGUAUUUGUGUUUUGAACCAUCUUCAAAUACCUAUAUUUAUAUCUCUAGGAGGCGGGGGAGAGGGAGGGAGGGGCGGGCCCCCGGGCAGCGAGGGGGUGUGCCAGUGCCUAAUUUUCUAAUAGACAAAGUAAGCCUCUAGAGGGUGCAGUUACAAAGAAAUGGAUGGCUUUUUUAUUUAUCUUUUAUGUAUUGGUUAAAAGUUUGAAACCGUCAGUUAAACAUUCCUGAGGUUUGAUUGAUUAUUUCAAGCACUUGGAAGUCACGUGUUCUGGAAGAGUCAGCAGUUGACUCAAGCCUUGCAGGUGUGGGUGCAGCACAGCGGGGGGACGAUCCUGGUUCCUCACCUGAAGUUCUGACGUGGGAAAGGACAUCUUCCCCGUGAGUGUCUGUCACUUAGACCCAUCAAGUCCAGGUGUGAUGCACCUUCCCGAACAACUUUGAAGUCACCAGACAGACACUGGACACAGCAGGUGCCGCCUGCCGAGCGGUGUUCUCGGGAUAUAAACACGCACAGGACAGACCGCCCGCGAGGGAUGAAUGUUCAGGAUGCACCUAAGAUACAGCAGCUCUCUCCCUCCCUUCCUCUGCUCAUGGACAGAGAGAAAGCAGAUGAAGCAAAAUGUUCAUUGUUGGGUGAAGUUUAUACACAUGAAGUAUAUUUUUAUAAUUUUUCCUUAAGCUUUAAAUUAUUG